CACACACACACUCAGGCUCUCUCUCUCUCUCUCACACACACACACCUGACUGAGUCUCUAGACUGGCCGUGUUGUUUACCGAGUGUAUCUGUGUACAGCUGCUGUAAUGGGUCCACUGGGAGCACUGGGAGCACUGGGAGUGUCAGUGAGGAGUGUGAGGAACCUGCUGGCAGCCCGGAGUGUGAUCACUCACACACACGGAGUGCACACAGGAGUGAGAGUGAUGGGGAGCAGCAAGGGGCUAGUGUUCCGCCAGUUGUUUGAGCACUCCAGCAGUACCUACACCUACCUGUUGGCGGACACGAGUUCUCGGGAGGCCGUGCUGAUCGACCCGGUUCUGGAGACGGUGGACCGUGACGUGAAGCUGAUCGAGGAGCUCGGACUGAAACUCACCGUGGCAGCGAACACACACUGCCAUGCGGAUCAUGUGACCGGAACCGGGCUGCUGAAGAAGCGAUUGGUCGGGGUGAAGAGCGCGAUUUCCAAACACAGUGGCGCGCGUGCGGACGUCCUGCUGUCAGACGGAGACAAGAUCACUUUUGGAAAAUACUGGAUAACAGUGACAGAGACUCCAGGACACACUGAUGGCUGUGUGACGUAUGUGACUGGAGACAAGGCGAUGGCCUUCACUGGAGACGCCCUGCUGAUCCGAGGCUGCGGGAGAACUGACUUCCAACAAGGCUGUUCCAGGAGACUGUACGAGUCCAUCCAUCAGAGGAUCUUCACCUUACCGCCUCACUGCCUCAUUUAUCCUGGCCAUGACUACAAAGGACAGACCGUGUCCACAGUGGAGGAGGAGCGGACGUUUAACCCGAGAUUAACCCGCUCACUGGAGGAGUUUGUGAAAAUCAUGGAGAAUCUGAAUCUCCCGAAACCGGCCAAGAUCGAUGUGGCCGUUCCUGCUAACCUGGUGUGCGGUCUUCAUGAUGUUUGAGGAGGAAACAACUUUAAAUUACUGUAACAUCUGGACAACAGUAGACGUCCUUUAUUACACACACACACACACACACACACUGAUUAUAUACGGGUGUGUUUAGGACUCAUAUAAUAAUAAAAUAUAAAUGUGUUUAUUGUCAUUAAUCCUGAAUAAAGAGCCUCUGAAAUCUG